ACAGAAUAUGAAAAAGCUAGGUUAUAAUAUAAUUCAUGUAACAAGCGAUACACACCAGGAUUAAGGCUUUGCCAGAAUCCAUAGUGAGCAUCCAAUAUCAACAAGUACAUGUGCUAUCGCAGCAAUUGAACGCUUUGCAGUAAUGAUACUCAGGGAAUUUGCAAUAUUUAUUUGUAUUCUAACUGGAUUUCCAUCUACAAAAGCACGGUAUAUACCAUCCGUUCUGGUGAAUGUGAAAGGAGAAAUGCCCACGGCCAAAAUCGUCAUCAAUGUCAUCAGAAAGCGCGCCAAAUACUGGGAUUUCUGGCAGGUCAACAGUCAUAUAUGCCCGCCCUCAUUAUGCUUUAUGAGAGAAAAUAAACGUGUGAAGCCCAGAGGCACUGGUGACAGUGCUUUUUACAAUGGUGACAUCGUCCUUGAUGAAAAGGCUGCAGACAUGAUGUAUGGACCUGUUGGGAGACGUCGAAAACGAGCGACAACCCGAAUGAAAGAUCGGUUAUGGAAAGAUGGGAUAAUGUACUAUCAAUUUGCGCCAUCACUUUCUAGGUCAGCCAGAAAAGCGGCAAAGAGGGCAAUGGAGCAUAUAUCCAAUAAGACAUGUAUAGUAUUCAAAAAGAAGAGGAAGAAGAACCCGGAUUUUGUUAGAUUUAUCAGUGAACCAGGCUGCUGGUCAAAUGUAGGACGUGUAGGGGGUCUUCAGAAUCUGAGUCUUGGCUACGGAUGUGAAAAAGUGGGUACUGCAGUUCACGAAAUAAACCAUGCACUCGGAUUUUGGCAUGAGCAGGCCCGAUCUGAUAGAGAUAAAUAUGUGGAAGUGAAUGAGGAUAACAUUUCUCCAAACUAUCUUGGUGAUUUUGAGAAACUAAAUAAAACACUGGCCGUAUCACGAGGGUAUGCAUACGAUUAUUCCAGUAUCAUGCAUUACAGUGAACGGACAUUUACCAACAAUGGGCUCAAGACAAUUAAGGUGAUAGGUAUUGGGAAAGAAUUGGCUCUCAGGAUUGGCCAGCGUGAGGCCCUCAGCAAUAUCGAUAUUGCGCAAUUGCGAGAUAUGUACUUUUGCAAUCGGAAGCAAGAUAAUGAUGAAACAAUAUGCCCAAAAGAUUGGAUUAAACACAAACGUAGCUGCUAUAGAUUUCUACGGCGUCCUAAGCUUCAGUACGCCGCCGCCCACAAAGAAUGCAAGCAGUCCUUUAGCACUCUAGUUCAUAUUAAUACUGCAAAUGAAGAUAGAUUUUUAAAACAAUAUUUAAAGAAAAACUUCAAAAAGUCGAUAAGAUGGCGAACAGGUGCUCGUAGAAUAAAUGAUACCUUUGAAUGGGACAACGGAGAAGACCGGAAGACUAAACCUAUGACCUUUACUGCUUGGAAUGGUCGUCCCCCGGAGGGAUUUUCUACCAUGGUUCUUGGGCGGGAGAAUGCAACAUCUGAUUUUGCAUGGGAAGGGGCAUGGACAGGAUCAGUCUCACAACUUCCAGACCACACAUUCUCUAUUAUCUGUGAACGGAAGGCGAGACGUAAGUGCUUGCCUCUAGAAUUCGAGGAUGGACGGGAUUAUCGCGGGGAACUCAAGCACACUCUAUCGGGGAUCACGUGUCAAAAAUGGACAUCUAAAUAUCCUCAACGGCACAGUCUACUGGCAGGAAUUACCGCAGAUGUAAACCCAGACGGUCUUGGGGAUCAUAAUUCCUGCAGGAACCCCUUUCGCAUGCGAAGAAAAAGACCUUGGUGUUUUACUACGAAAAAGAACGUUGAAUGGGAGUAUUGUGACGUCACUGUUUGUAAAGGAUCUCAAAAUAACACAGUCAAUAAUAAAGUCAAUUCAAAGAACAGUAUAUCUGAAAAUUUUGAAGAAUACUCAAAUAGUAUAUCAGAAGAUUAGGAGAGAUAGCGUUAAUCAACCGUAGAAAAACCAGUUAUACAUAAACUGUCAUAAAGUAUUAUACUUUUAUAGAUAAAAGG